ACCGGAUUACAAAACACUUGACAAGCCUCUGAGGAAUUCUUGAGUGAAGGCAAAUACAAAAGCUUCUCCAUCCAGAAGGCCUGACACUUUUCUACCCUCCUGUCCAUUAAGGCAACAUGGGGCUUUGGGGAAUGGCCGUCAUCCUCUUCCUCCUCCCGCACAUGGCGCAAAUGACUGAAAUUUCUCCUGGGUUCAAAAUCCGUAUCACGUCCAGAGGACUGGAGUUGUUGAAACAUGAGACACAGAAGUUUGUGGAGCAAGAGCUGGGAGGUAUCACCAUGCCAGAGAUGCACGGCAAGAAUGGGAAUCUCCAGUAUUCCAUUACAAAUAUUAACAUAACAGAGCUGAACCUGACUGCAGAUCUGAGUUUCCAGCCCGUAGAUGGACUGCUGUUUGAUGUGCACAACUCCUCUAUUACCCUCAACUUCCAGAGACGUGUGAUCUACUGGUUAUUACAGGAUGAGGGUGCCAUCAAUGCCUCCGCAGAUGGCGUAUACAUCAACACCACUCUCCAUCUUGCCAAGGAUUACGAGGGCCGUCUCAAGAUCGCCAAUGUCAGCUGUGAUGCUUCCAUCGCCAAGAUGAAGGCCAAGUUUGGUGGGACUUUUGGGAGGGUUUACGACUUUGUUGCCAUUUUCAUGACCACAGGAAUGCGCUUCGUAUUAAGUCGGCAGAUUUGUCCUGCUUUGAAUCAUGCUGGUCUAGUGCUGAUUAACCAACUGCUGGAGACAAUUCCAGUGCGUACAAAAGUGGAUCGUUACGUUGGCAUUGAUUACUCACUCUUGAGUGACCCAGUGGUUACUGGCAGCAGUCUUGAUAUGGAGUUCAGGGGGAUGUUCUAUGACCUGCAGAACGAGAAUGACAUUCUGGAGAAUUAUUCUGUGAGUCCAGUGUUGAACGAGUACAACCGCAUGAUCUAUAUGGUUCUCUCUGAGUACUUCUUCGACAGUGGACUCUACUCAUAUUUCAAAGGAGGGGUGUUCAAAAUGCACAUAGUGAACGAACGAAUGCCAAAAGACUUGGAGAUGCUUCUCAGGACCACUUACUUUGGAGCAAUCAUGCUAUUGAACCCUGCUCUGAUGGAUGCCCCAAUCUCAUUGGAAAUGGAGGUAACAUCAGCUCCCAAAUCAAGCAUCAUGACAUCGGGGGCGACAGUAGUUGUACAUGCUGGUGUCAGAGUGCUGAUCCUACCAUCAGGAAAGUCACCUGUUCAGCUCAGCAGUAUGACCAUGGAGACCAAAUUCAUUGCCAAGGUGUACAUAAAGGAGAAGAGACUGGCUAUACAGCUGGAUCUGAGAAGGUUCAAAAUCUUUUCUAACCAGUCUGCUUUGGAGUCAUUAGCGCUGAUUCCAUUGCAAGCACCACUGAAGGCUAUGCUCCAAGUGACCAUCGUGCCCCUUUUAAACAAUUACACUAAGAAAGGUGUACAGAUCCCACUGCCAGAUGGAAUAGAGGUCAUCGAGGAUGUGGUCAAGUAUCAUGAUGGCUACAUCACUGUUGCUGCUGAUCUCCAUUUCCGGAGCGGGUUGAAGGAGCUGAUUGAGAAGACAACGUCUUAAGAGCCUACCACCAUUAAAAACACUCCCCCGCCCCUAAUUCACUACUGCUUGUUUAAAAAAAAAAGCUUCACUUUUAAUAAGUACUUGCUCCAGAGUCAAAGCUGUCUGAAUAUUUUACAGUCUGUGCCAAAAUGGGAUAUACACAAUACCCUCCCAUACUUUGGAUCCUUGAUGUGUAGUUAAGAACAUAAGUUACUCCCGUAUUAUGCAGCUACUUCACACUGCUUUAAAAAAGAAAUUAUGUUGGUAAUGUUUGUUAAUGGAAGAGCUGUACUGGAGUGACAGUGUUUUGCUCAAAAACACUAAAAGGGGCGAAAGACAUGCCAUGUUGAUUCAUAGCAAUUUUAGAUUAUAAAAUUGCACUUCUCAGGCCCCUUUAUUACAUGUUAGAGUAUUGAUCAUUCACAGCCAUAAUGGGCAUUUAGCCACCCAUGACUAUACCCUGGAACCAAGUCAAUUUAAUAUAUUAAAGUAAUUUUUCCCCCUGCAUACUGGCAACUGCAAUUAGACAAGUUAAUAAAUAACUUCAGAAAGUG